AUGUGCUCGAGGUGCGGCCUCAUCGAGGACGCACGUGACGUAUUUACCGAAAUGCCCCACAAAGACGUUAUUUCAUGGAAUUUAAUGAUUAGCGGCUUCUCGUACCACGGGCUCGGUGAAGCCGCCCUCGACACAUUCGGAAAAAUGUUGCUUGCGAAGCAGCAGCCGAGCUACGUGACCUUCGUCGGAGUUUUGUCUGCGUGCGCUUUCUUGGGCCGCGUGAACGAUGGUUUUCACUAUUUGAAUAGCAUGAAGACCCAAUUUGGAGUCGAGCCUGGAUUAGAGCACUACACGUGCAUGGUCGGGCUUUUAGGCCGGGCUGGGAGGCUGGAUGAGGCUGUGGGCUUCAUGCGGUCAAGCCCGGUCAAAUGGGACGUUGUAGCCUGGCGGACUCUUUUGAACGCGUGUCACGUCCACAAAAAUUACGCGCUCGGAAAACGGGUUGCUAAAAUCGUGCUCGGCAUGAAUCCUAAUGAUGUGGGUACUUGCAUACUUAUGUCCAAUAUGCACUCGCGGGCAAGAAGAUGGGAUGAAGCUGCGAACAUGCGGAAAUUAAUGAAAGAGGGAAAUUUGAAGAAGGAGCCUGGGAUGAGCUGGACGGAAAUAAAGGACGGGACGCACGUUUUCGUCUCGGAUGAUAACGAGCACGCUGAGUCGGCUAGAAUUCGGCGAAAGGUGAGGGAAUUAGUGUCGGGAAUAAGAGAAAUGGGAUACAUUCCGGAUGUUUCUUUUUCAGAACUUCAUGACGUUGAGGAGGAGCAGAAGGAAGAUCAGCUUAGCUACCACAGUGAGAAGCUGGCCAUAGCGUAUGCCCUCAUGAGGACGGUUCAAGGGGCGACUAUUCGGGUUGUCAAGAAUCUGAGGAUGUGUGAGGAUUGUCACUCUGCAGCAAAGUUCUAUUCGAAGCUACGCGAACGCGUGAAUGGCGAUGUUGGCAUGAAGUCUAUGGACUCGAGAGGAGCAGGUUACGGUAAGAACUUGGUGAACAAAAGAGAUAUGACCGAAGGGCCUGCUUAUCCAGAAGAAAAAGAAGGUAGAUGGCUGUCUACCCUUAAUUUAGAAAGAAGAUUGGAUCAUGAUGGACAUCCUUUUGCAGUAGCCGCUGCUGAAGUUGUUGGAGUUAUUGGGGUUUCUCCAUGGAAUUGGAUGGAGACUCCUGGAAGUGGUCAGGUCACAACGGUCAAAUUGGGUGAUUAUGCAAAGAGAAUAGGGAUCGAUGCCGGUGCAAAGCAUCAAGGAAACCAUCAAGAUGAAGAAAAUGUCGUCUGGUUGCUUGACAGGGAAGUGCACCUCGGGAACUACAAUCUUUAUGUUGAUGAAGGCCUGACUAUUAAAGUUUGCAUCUUUGGGGAAGCGGACCCAAUGCCAAUACACGUGGUGGACAAAACUUUCUACGCAGAGGAUGAUUUUCGUGAAUUCCUCAUGCUCUGUGGGUGGACUUCUUUGAGAGAGUAUGAUGGUUUUCGUAAUAUUGACAACAUGGACGAGCUUUGCUCGGGUGCCAUUUACUGUGGGGUCGACUGA